ACCCAUUAUCAUCCUCUGACCUCUGGAGCUGCUAUAAAAAGACCUGACUUCUGAAAGUACGCACCAUUCAGGAGUGAAGGCAAGCCUUGCUCAGUCUGCAACCAUGAAGUUCUUCCUCAUCGCCUCCUUCAUCGUCACGCUGACCAUCGGCUCCCAAGCUGCCAGCCUGGUCAAGAGAGAAAGCCCUGAAUUGCCUCCUGAGGUCGAAAAGAUCACCAGUUACAUCCAGGACUUCAUCCAAAACCUCAAAGCCCUCGAGACCCCUGAGCUGGCCAGCAAGGCAAAGUCUUACAUCGAGGAGAGCAGAGCCCAGCUCCAGCCCAUGGUUGAGAAGCUCCAGGAACAGCUGAAGCCCCUCUCCAGCAACAUCGAGGAGCAGAUCGAGCCUCUGGCCGCCUCCGUCCGCGCACAGAUCACCCCCUACACCAACCUGAUGCAGAGCCAGAUCGAGGACCUACUCAAGUACGUGGUUGAUCAGACCAAGGCCAUCCUGCCCCCUCAGUAAAACAAGAAACACCUACCGAAAGCCUGAUGGGAAAUCGCCACUGCCCUGCGACCGACACCGCGCGCUUAUCUGAAGCAAUAAAGGGGUUGAAAGGCUUUACAUUCGUGUUGAUACUUUAUUAUUGCUGUCUGUUUGCACGUUUGUGUGUUUAUCAGCUAAGUUGUGUUAGCUUCAAGGAAAACGCCAACGGUUUUUAAAACUCUAACCACUGCAUGUAUAGUGUGUGUGUGUGUGUGUGUGUGAUUAUAUUUCGAGUUGUUGUCCUUCAUUAAAAAGAAAAAGAACAGAAAACAUGUUUAAAAACCAACUUACUUAUAACGGGGGUCUAAGAGCAACUGGAAUCGCCAUACAUUAUGUUUCACAACAUGAGCAUGUUUUUGUCUUUUCACAUAAUAAAAUGUAUUUUCAGGUUCA